CGCCCAUCCUGUUUUCCGAUCCCACCACCCCUUUCCGCCGCUCAGGGAAGGCGCCGGUCUUGCCUUCAGCCCUUCGGCAUUUUGGGAAAUGUAGUACGAGGCGCUUAGCCUAGUAAAAGCCGGUGCUGUUUAAUGGCAUUUUUUUUUUUUGCCGCUAGAGUGCGCUGUAUGCCGGGAGUUCCAGAGGCAGCACGGGGCGGCGAGGGACGGGCUUUGUAGUCUUCAGGUUGCGCGUUCGCCGCCCUUUUCUUAUGCCAGGCAUAGUCGAAUUCCGCCCUGUGUCUGUCACGCGCCCUGUUAACAGGGCGAUGGCGGGCGAGCGCACGCGCGCUCUAGAAACCGCUCCACGCGGUGUUGUGGCCCCGCCUUGGGCGGAAGUGUUUCCGUGGUAACGGCGGGCGGUUCGGGACGGUGGGGGCCACCGCCCGCCCUGAAGCCGAAAUACAGAUAAUUUUCUUUUUCUGCUUGGAACCUUGAAAACCAGCUGCUAUAAGGAAAUGGAUAUAAAGACUCCUCUUCUGUGGGCCAGACGUGGUAAAGAUGCUGCCUUGACUUUUGUUCACUGCUGUACUCAUUGAGGUAUGUGAUGGCUUUACAUGGCCUCAGCAGGGCCAGAAGCCUAUAGCUUAAGCCUCAAGACGGGAAACCCGUUCCAGGUGGGCAUCCCAUCAGGACUGACAGUACCACCACUAACAGCAAAUCUCCAGAAAAACAAGGCGUGGUACCUUUCAAAGCAGCACCUAAAGCCCAUCUGGCGGUUGGCACAGAAUCAUGUGACCCCUCUCCAGAACCAACACCCGGUCUACUCAGGAACCUCUUCGCAGCAUUCCUGCUUCCUGUAUCAAGACUUGUUAUGUCGUGAGGCAGUGCUACUGAACCUGCCUCCAUCUCAUCUUCAUCCUUUUCCAGACUUUCUUGGAAGUGCCCUGCUCUACCGACGUUCUUACUUCAGACACAAGCCCUAUAGGACGCUUGAGUCCAUCUGCUUGAAGUCUAGUACUCUGGAGAAGCAAUCUCAUCAUCUCCCACCUGCUGCCUUUUGCUCUGUUCCCAAUAACGCUAUGUCAUCCUCAACCAUGGAUCCGUUUCUGGUGCCAAGCACCCCUGGCGGGCAUUCCAGUCCAGUGUCAAAGGGGUUUCCCCUCAGCUCAGGGAAGCAAAACUCCAGUUCCUAUAGACCAGUGCUAAACAAUAACUCUUUCCUGAGGCCAACAAGCGCUAAAGUGCCUUUGCAGCAGAACCACCACCACCAACCGCUCCCACCAGAAAAUAAGAAGCUGAAAGGCCUGUCAAGGCAACCAGGGUUCUCUUGGACUCAUUCUGGGGGAAACGGAGAUUGGUCUGGGAAUCUAGAUAGGAAACUUGGGAAGAGCAGUGGCCUAACUCUAGAGCACACUGGUGCCAAAUCUUGCGUCCCUAUUCACAACAGCACAGUCAUCAAAGUUGAUCAGUCAUCUUGGCGAGUUGAAGAUGGGGAGAAUAGAUCUCAGAACCUGAAGGAACAAAAUGUUCGGCUGACGGAAGCCAUGAGGAAGCUGACUGCAAGUGGCAUCCGAAAGGUUAAUACCUACAACGAGUUUGGUCACCGCAUUGACAGCUCCUGCCUUAUGAAUGCAAACUUCCACUCCACUUUGUUUAGUCGGUGGAAACCACACAUUGUAGCACAGAUCACCCCAAAAGAAGUAUCAGCUGCUGUUUCCCCAAAUCUGGAACACAGUGGCCGCCGACAGAGCCUUAUUAGAACAGAAGGUGCUGAAAUCUGUACUAAACGCAUCAAUGUUCGCCUUCUAGCCUCAGAUCCGGAGCCUUCCAACCAUACCACCUCAAGCCUGGUUGUCAACAUUCCACCUGUCAGUAGUGCAGAGCAGGUGGUAAAAACCGAGCUGUCCCCACAGACAGCUGAUGAAGAGACAACAAUUUCUUCUCUACAGUUUGGCACAGAUGCAAAAUGGGGGCAGCCUACCGCUGUGAAAGAUACUGACUCUACACUUAACUUGCCCCUCCUGGACCAAGCAGAUGUAGAGGAUAUCGAGGAAGAGCUCCCUGAUGGCUUGGAAGAUGUCUGCAGUCAGGACGAAGAAGGAGAAGAGGAUGAUGAAGGUGAAUCAGAUGGUUCAUCCUCAACUGGAUUAUCUCCCAAUGGUUCUGUGGCUAUUAUAUCCAGGAAUUGCAUUGAGGGAUUGGUGCCACCACUUGAGGGCCAAGAACGAAUUCUCAAGCCAGCUCUUGUAUGCAGCCUAUUUCCUAAUGUGCCUCCUACCAUAUACUUUGGUACCCGAGAUGAGAGAGUGGAGAAGCUUCCUUGGGAACAGAGGAAGAUGCUGCGAUGGAAGAUGAGCACUGUGACUCCAAACAUUGUGAAGCAAGCAGUUGGCAGGUCCCACUUCAAAGUCAGCAGGAGAAACAAUGACUGGCUGGGCUGCUGGGGCCAUCACAUGAAAUCUCCUGGGUUCAGAAUUAUCAGGGAACACCAGAAGCUGAACCACUUUCCUGGCUCAUUUCAAAUUGGGCGGAAGGACCGGCUGUGGAGAAAUGUGUCCAAAAUGCAGGUGCGCUUUGGAAAGAAGGAGUUCAACUUCCUACCCCAGUCAUUUAUUCUCCCUCAAGAUAUCAAGUUGCUCAGGAAGGCUUGGGAAGAUUGUGGAAGCCACCAGAAGUGGAUUGUGAAGCCACCAGCAUCAGCCAGGGGCAUUGGCAUCCAGGUCAUCCAUAAGUGGAACCAACUGCCAAAGCGCAGGCCGCUGCUGGUGCAAAGAUAUUUACACAAACCCUACCUCAUUGGUGGAAGUAAGUUUGACUUAAGGAUUUAUGUUUACGUCACAUGCUACGACCCACUGCGUAUCUACUUGUUCAAAGAUGGACUUGUGCGUUUUGCCAGCUGCAAAUAUUCCUCCUCCAUGAAAAGCCUCAAUAACAAGUACAUGCACUUGACCAACUACAGUAUCAACAAGAAGAAUGUUGAAUACAAAGCCAAUACAGACGAAACUGCUUGCCAAGGUCACAAGUGGGCACUGAAAGCACUCUGGAGCUAUUUGAACCAGAAAGGGGUUGACAGUGAAGCCAUCUGGGAGAAGAUAAAAGACAUUGUUGUUAAAACCAUUAUUGCGUCAGAGCCCUACAUAACCAACCUUGUGAAGUUGUAUGUGCGGCGCCCUUAUUGCUGCCAUGAGCUGUUUGGGUUUGAUGUCAUGCUGGAUGAGAAUCUCAAACCGUGGAUUCUGGAAGUCAAUAUCUCACCCAGCCUCCAUUCAAACUCUCCCCUUGAUGUGAGUAUCAAGGGCCAGAUGGUCCGGGAUGUCCUGAACUUGGCUGGAUUUACAUUGCCAAAUGCAGAUGAUGUGGCCUCAUCUUCUGGAAGCAACAGCUCUACAGCCAGCUUGAAUACUGCCUUGAAGGAAAAAUCCAGGCCUUCUCUCGAGUUGUUCACUGCUGAGAAGACAAAGAAAGCAUACUAUCUGACCCAGAAAGUGUCUGAUCAUGAGUUCUACUCCACUAUCCUGGAUAUCCUGACCCCAGAUGAUGUGCGAGUCCUGAUAGAGACAGAAGAUGAGUUUGCUCGGCGUGGACAAUUUGAGCGAAUCUUCCCCUCACGUGUCUCCAUGCGUUACCUGCGCUUCUUUGAGCAGCUGCGCUACUUCAACAUCCUUGUUGCCCAGUGGGAGUUGAAAUAUUUCUCGAAUAGGACCAAGGGAGUGGAUCUGCUCAGAAGUUGGUGUUACAGAGGCUAUCACAAUGGGAUAGUAACAGAUACCACAAUGAUGUGGACCCUUCCAAGAACCCAGGUCUAUUUGAAGAAUGAUUUCGUCUUGAAUGGCAUGAGUAAGGUUGAGUCUGGCCGAAUCAGCAAAGCCCUUGUUCAGCGAGAUGAAGAGGAAUCAUCCCGAAGCCCAGAAACAACAACUGCCACUCAGAGCUUACCUUUGAUAAAAUACGCAGCUGGAACUCUCAAGAAAGGCACGGUCCCUCAGGCCUUCAGCAACUCGAGCCUGGUAAAGUGAUGAGGAACCACAUGAGUGGCCAGUUUCCCCUCCCUAGCUGUGAGCGAAGGGAGAGGACACAUACAACCUACCUCAGGUGAUGCUGGGAAAGCCAACCUUGGAGACGUAGGAAGAAUCUCAGCAUGCUGACCGAAGGACUAUUUUUUUUUAAGGGAAUUGGGUCAAAGAGGAUAUGUUGCCUGUCUUGCUCAAAAGGGACAAAAACCUCAGUUUAUAAAUGUAUAUAUAUUUUGUGACAAAGGAAGUUUCUAAACACAGACAGCUUGGAAAACCUAUUUAAUUUUUAGUGUGAAUUCCUUGCAGCUUGUUGACCUUGCCACGUUCCUCCUCACCUGAGCCUCAAGUGCCUCUCACUACUAAGUGCCAACGUGUUAGGUCAGACUGGGCAUAGCAAAUCCUUGUCAGUUUAUAAAAUGUCCUGCUACCAGGUAGCUCAACUGUACAUGUUUGCUUAAUAUUUAAUUCCUUCACAGUCAAACAGAACAAGGUUCCUGUUCACCAAACACCCUGGCAUCACAAAUUCUAUAACACCAGUUAAACAGACAUAUCACAAAAUGUUGUAAUACGCUGUUAGAAAUGGAAGCUGAAGAGACUUAUGUAGUUGAUAUUCUCUGUAUCCAAGUCCAUGGUUCUCUGGUACUGUCUUCCUGAUGGUGUUCAGUUGUUGAUGGCAUUUUUUACCUACUUGUUACUUUUUGGUGAAACAGGUCUUGCAGUGUGCUGGCCCAAAGUGCUAAAUAGAAAUGAGGAGAGUGCUGGUGCUGUUCUCUUAAAUCACGAGCAACGUCUCCUUCAGGGUCUAGCAUUGUGCCAGGCCCUCAGAAAGGAGUAUUGGAGGAUGAGCAAAUCAAGGUUAUCAUUGUGAAACACCCGUCAUAUAUGCAUAUCCUAAAACACACUUUGCAAUCUCCCCCCCCCCCCAGAAGAUUUGAUUAAAGUUUUGCUUUUGAUGUUGCUGGGGAGGAUGUAAGUUCCUUUAAGGUCUGCAGCCUUAUUUAGAUGAGUGCUUUCUGAUCAACCAGCCAGUGCCUCCUUAUUUCCAUUAUUGCUACAGACUUCUGCCCCUUCUGAUACAAUCUCACUGCUUCCAAACUGUGCAGGGCAAUUCUUGCUUCCUGUUGUCACCUUCCACUUCUGUACACAUGCCUGGGAGAAUACUGGGGCAAUGGAUUUCUGCAGCUUGUGCAAACUGGCAAGGGCUGUUCACUGUCCUGAUGCCUGGGUAGUGAAGGACUGGUUUGAUGAUCUACUUGACACUGAGACCCAGGUACUUAAGAGUAUUCCCAUAAGUGCGUGGGCAUAACUUCUAAGAAGCUGCCAGAGUUCUCUUGGGUAUCUCUGAGACUGAAGAGGAAAAGCUGGCAAUUGUGGCUUCAAGGAGUGUUUUUGCAGACUGAAGGACAGUCAGUCACUUCCCCCUCACCUCUUGGCAGAGCCCAUUGCCAGUACUGUUUAGUUUCCCAUGAGGUAGAUAAGUUCUCUGAGGCAUCACUGAUUAAUCUUCCAUUAUUCUUCCCAGGAAGAGGCAAGACCUUCAAAUUUCCUGUGUGAACUCCCCCCUACGACGACAGGCACUUAGGUGGGAUUUUUGAUCCACUGGUCUAGAGAAAAGAAUAGGCACAGAUCCUAUGGUAUACCUUUCUUAAAUAUUUUCCCAUGACUUCAUUGGUAAGGCAAUAUUGUGAGUAUCCAGUCAUAAUAGGCUCCAGCAUCUCUUUAAGUUACAGAUCUCCUUAGUAGCUAGAUUUGAGUCCAGUAGUACCUUCGAGACUUAACAAGAUUUUGCGGGGUAUGAGAAUUUGAGAGUAAAGCUCCCUUCAAUCUUGUAUCUGACAAAGGGGGCUUUGACUCUCAAAAGUUUAUACCCCCAAAUCUUGUUGAUCCGUAAGGUGCUGCUGGUCUCAGAUCUAGCUGUCCUACUGAAGAUCAAAAUGGCUGCCCUCUGAAAGCAUCUCAAAUUAAUACCGUUGUUUCCAGCUUCCCUCUAAUUUGAAAGCAUGGGGCUAUGAUUUAUGUCCUGCAAAGUUGCAUUGCAUCACUCAGAAAACGUUGCUUCCUCAGUUAUUUAGAUGCAGGGCACCUUUGAUUUUGAAGAAACGGUUAAGAUUACAAGGUAGCGAGGUUUCCUGAGCAUGUAACACCAAACUAAAAGCAAAUCUAAUUCUUACUAGCAUUACCAGUUAGAUUCCCAAGCUUGUUUUGACUACCUAGCCUGUAGAUGUUGGAAAACUGGUCAUACAGAAUGAGAAUGAGACGUUGGUUAGUUGAAAGAUAGUUGUGAAGGUGCUUUCCCAAUAGCUUUGUAACACUUACUAGAAGCAGCUCUGCCUAUGACAUAAGUGGGAAUCUGUAAUUUUUAAAGAGUCUGCUGGGAUAGAAAUUUCACUGAUGUUUCUUUCUUGCUCCAAUGUCAGCGUAGAAAAGUAUACCUUGCAGCUACUAGCUUUAUCUAGCAUGUUAUGGUUUGAUGGCAUGACAUUGUGAGUUGAAAGUCCUUUCCCCAUUGGUUUUUCAGUUCCACAUCCUAUAAAUCACCACAGCAUAUCUGCAACUCUGAACCCUCUUUCUUGCCUUGAGUCUAGGCAGCUAGACUGUGAUUGUGGUUGGAGAUGCUAAAAGGAGUGGUCUUUGCUAUGAUCUUCUGUGAGCAGUUACUGUUCUUUACCCUAGAGCUUCACCAAGUGUUGUAGGAGGGGGGAAGAGAAGAAACAAUUGCAUUAAUCUCAGAUGGGUGAAAAUCUCUGCUUUAAACAAAGGUUGAUCCUACAGGAGGCUUGGGUGUUUUAUGUUUACUUUUUGCUUAAUUUUUGCACAAUUCAGGAACUAAUCCUGUCAAUUUUUUCAAGUGACAGAGCCAAUCUCUCUUGUAGAAUAAAACUCCUGGUGUAUAUUGGGGGUGUGUGUGCUUCCUGCUACUAACAUUUUCUAUCGGUCAUUAGUGUUUGUGUGCGUAUUUUGUACAUCAUUUAACUGUUAGAGCUAUUUCUCACUGACACAUGAACCAGGAGGGUUGGCAUCAAAUUAUAAAUCCUUUCUUAGGAUUCAUUUACUGGCAUAAGCACUGUAACUGAGUUUAUUCUAUUGCUCCCUGCUAUUUUUUUUAAGAGUGCCAUGUUCCCUUCUUUUAGCUUUGUAAGGUGUUAAUUCCUCUCAAAAAUUCCAUUUCUUUGGCUUUGUAACCCUCUAAAAUCCCAUAGUAACUGGCUUCGCCAGUGAACUAGUCUGACUCUUUGGAUCAUAUUGAAUUACCUAAAAUAGCUAGCUGUGUAGAAGUGUGAAAGUGGAUAGGGCUCUUCGGGUGUCUUGAGGAAUUCUCCCAGCUGUCAAUCUCCCUGGUCUGCCUUCUGAACUUUUAUCACCAUCAACCCUUCUUGGUACCUUAAGUAAUUACUAGCAAAAGUUUACAUAGUGGGAGUACCAGUUUGCUGUGUUACCUGUGCUUCCUGCUAUUCAGUGCCACUAAUGGUUCCCAACAGAAGAGUAUCUCUCACUCUUUUCCUAUACCACCUAAAAGCAAUUAUAUUUUUCUGUCUGCCAAUUCUGCAGAAACUUUCGUGGAUCCCUCGAUAUAAAUUAGUGGACCCAACAAGACCUGGAUAACAGGAGGAAGUAGAUUUGGUGGAUAAAUUCAUUCCUUUAGCUUCUAUUUUAAUGGUCUACAUUCCUUGUCCUCUCUAUUGGUUUUGUAUUUAAAACAAUCCUUGUAGCAAAUAGGGGCCUAAUAGUCUGAGUUGCCAGGAUAGCUCUGGCAAGAAAUGUGCUUGAUGUUUUGAGGAAGAGGGGGCUGGAACAUACAUUUUAAGGAGGCUGUUCCUGUGUUUUGCAAAAGGCUAUAUGAGCUCUACCAUAUCCAGAAUGAGAAAACUGUUCCUGGAGCACAAGCCAUCCCUGCACUUUUUCAUUAAAGUUUCAAUCUGCGUGGCACAGCUUGCUCUGUCAGCAGAAAGAACUCUUUAUCUUCUGUUAAGGUUGACAUGCGAAUGGUCGGGGUGUAUUGGUAGUGAUUUUGGGCUUUUGAAGCAUAUGUGAACCAGAGGUGGGUAUGUAUUCAGCCUAAAAGGGUGUAAUGAUUAAAACUUAAACCCAAUCUUUGCUAAAUUAAGGAUUUUUUUUAAAAAAAUAAAUCUUUUAAGUAACCAGCA